GAACAAGUUAACUGCCAUCGAGGUUGCGGUUGAUUGUGGCUGUUCUGGAGUGAACGGAAUAUAGGUUGUCUCCACUUCUCAUUUAUCCCUCCGGGAUACUCUUCCUGAGGCUCGGCAUGAAAAACCAAGAAGGCCAAUUGUACAAUCCUAUGAUCCUGUGAAGGCUUUGCCAAGUCAUAAGAGCUGAAAUCAGAUGGUUUGUGAGAAACACCAAAAUGGAUUUGAAUUCCAGUGUGUCUAAUAUCACUUUUCUUACCAAAGCGGUUUCCAGCACAUGGGUGGGUUUUCUCAGAAUUACAUUUAUGACUAGUUCUGAAGAUCUCCCUGAAAUCAUUCUAAUACUGUCUUUGAUCUGCACAGUUGGAGCAUUUUUGAACCUGCACUUAAAAGACUUUCCAGUUCCUCUCCCUGUGAUAUUAUUUUUAAUUGGAUGCAGUUUUGAAAUAUUAAGUUUUACAUCUGACAAGGUGCAAAGAUACACAGAUGCCAUACAAUGGAUGAGUCCAAAAUUAUUUUUUAAUAUAUUUACACCAAUAAUUAUCUUUAACGUUGCAUUCGACAUGGAUGUUUACAUGCUCCAAAAGUUAUUUUGGCAGAUAAUUUUAAUUACAAUUCCUGGCUUUUUUAUGAAUUAUACAUUAAUUCUUUGGUAUCUGGCAUCUGUGAAUAAAUUACUUUUGAAAACCACUCCAUGGUUAUUAUUUGCAACUAUCCUCAUGAGUUCAGAUCCCAUGCUGACUGCAGCUGCUAUAAGAGACCUUGGUCUUUCUAGAAGCCUCACCAAUUUAAUUAAUGGAGAAAGUCUGAUGACCUCUAUAAUGUCUUUGAUUAUGUUUAAUAGUAUUGAGGAUAUUAAUGGCAACCUACAAAAGGGGAACAAUUCAUUAGUUUUUGACAUCCUAUUUGAACUUUGGUCUUAUUUUCUAGCAAGUUUCUUGUUUGGAAUUCUGAGUUCAAAACUGAUCCAAUUGUGGAUGGCUACUGUUUUUGGUGAUGAUGUCAAUCACAUAAGUCUCAGCUUGUCAAUUCUGUACCUCAUCUUUUUUAUUUGUGAACUAGUUGGAAUGUCUGGAAUAUUUACCCUGGCCAUUAUGGGACUUUUUUUAAAUUCUACCAGUUUUAAACCAGGAGUUGAAGAACUUCUUCUAGAAUUCUGGAAUUGUCUAUCAUUUGUUGCUUUUCUUAUGGUGUUUACUUUCACUGGACUUCUAAUUCCUGCACAUACAUAUUUAUAUAUAUCAUUUUCUGAUAUAUAUUAUUCAUUAAAUAUCUAUUUCACACUUAUUGUUUUAAGACUUCUGGUUUUUCUAUUAAUGAGCCCUCUUUUGUCUCGACUUGGUCAUGGGUUCAACUGGCGUUGGGCGUUCAUAAUGAUCUGGAGUGAAAUGAAAGGAACACCUAAUAUAAACAUGGCUCUUCUCCUUGCCUACUCUGACCUUUCUCUUGGAACUGAGAGGGAAAAAUCUCAAGUAUUAUUUCAUGGAGUGUCAGUUUGCGUAGUUACCUUGAUUGUCAAUAGAUUUAUUUUGCCAAUGGCAGUUAGUAAACUAGGUCUUCAUGACGUCACAUCAACAAAAUAUAAAUCUCUUUAUUGUACAUUUCAACACUUUCAAGAGCUAACCAAAUCUGCAGCUUCUGCACUCAAAUUUGACAAAGAUCUUGCUAAUGCAGAUUGGAAUAUGGUUGAGAAAGCAAUUGUCCUUCAAAACCCAUAUGCAUUGAGCCAAGGAGAAACAACAGAACAUCAAAAGGUGAAAUGUCUAGCCUGUAACAAGGAAAUAGAUGAGACCCUUAACAUUGAAGCAAUGGAGUUGGCCAACAGGCGUCUCUUGUCAGCACAAAUAGCAAGCUACCAGAGACAAUACACGAAUGAGACUCUGUCCCAGAGUGCGGCCCAGGUGCUGGUGGGUGCCGUGGGAAGCUUCGGUGAAAAGAAGGGAGAAUAUAUGAGUCCUGAGACAAUAAAGACUUAUUCUGAAAGCAAAAAACUUCUUGCCUUUAUUAGAAAAGUAUUGCUCAAUUGGGUGUACAAUACUAAAAAGGAAAAAGGGAUCCCAUCAAGACAUUGCUUUCUUCAGUCAUGCCAUAAAAUCGUAUUUACUAAUGAAUUUGAGUAUGUUGGAUAUCUUGUGAUAAUGAUGAAUAUGUUUCCGAUUACAAUUUCUUGGAUACCUGAAUUAAAUGAUAUCUAUGAGCGUGAAUUAAAAUAUUCUAACUACCUUUUUCUUACAUUUUAUAUCAUGGAGGCCCUACUUAAGAUGGCUGCAAUGAGGAAGGAAUAUUUUUCACAUACCUGGAAUCUAUUUGAGUUGACAAUUACAUUAGUCGCCAUCAUAGAUGUAAUUCUUAUUGAGACAAAUUACAUUACUUAUACUUUUGAAUUUAUUCAAACUGUAAUCUUUUUUAAAAUUGUUCGAUUUCUUCGCGUACUACGUAUUUUAAAGCUCGUAACCCCCAAGUUGCUGCAAAUAAUAGAUAAAAAGAUGAGUCAUCAGCUAUCCUUUAAAUAUGCUAUACUAAAAGGUUAUAUCCAAGGUGAAGCAGACAUAAUGACUAUAAUUGAUCAAAUUUCAAGUUCUAAGCAAGUUAAACAGAUAUUAUUAAGGAGGAUAAUGAAGAAUACAGGACAUGCUCUGAAAGAGCUAGGCUACUUAGAGUAUGAUCACCCGGAAAUUGCUAUUACUAUGAAAACAAAGGAGGAGAUUAAUGUCAUGCUCAAUUUGGCUAGAGAAAUUGUUAAGGUUUUUAGGUCAAAAGGGAUUAUUCAUAAAAUCGAAGGUUCUGAAAUUAAUAAGUUAAUAAUGGCCAAAAAAAGAGAGAUACUUGAUUUUCAACCUGUUAUCAAACCACUUACUGUUGAAGAAGCACUCUACAAUAUUCCAUGGCUAGAUAAAGAAAAAGAUCAUAUAAGCUUCAUUCAGGAAAGAGCCAGAGUGGUAACAUUUGAUUGCGGAAAUGAUAUAUUUGAAGAAGGUGAUGAGCCCAAAGGAAUUUAUAUAAUAAUAUCAGGUAUGGUGAAGCUUCAAAGAUCAAAGCCUGGCUUGGGAAUUGACCAAAUGCUCUGGGAGUCAGAGGAGAAUGAUGAUCAGAUAACUUACACAGACUUUGUGAUCAGUGGGGAAAUAAUAGGAGAGUUAAACUGCUUAACGAAUAAACCCAUGAUAUGUUCUGCUACCUGCAAAACUGUAGUGGAGACAUGUUUUAUUUCCAAAAGUCACUUGUAUGAAGCUUUUGAGCAAUGUUGUCCUCACAUUGAAUAUAAAAUGUGGCUAAAACUUGGUCUUUCUAUUACUGCCAAAAAAAUCAGGGAACGUUUAUCUUAUAAGGAUUGGAACUACAAGAUGCAAUUAAAACUCUAUAACGUCUGCAUAAAAGACAUACCAAAGAACACCAAAACUGAUAUCUAUGAUGAAACUGUAAUCUACGUCAUCCUCAUACAUGGAGCUGUAGAAGAUUGUCAGUUACGGAAAGCUUAUAAGGCACCUUCUUUAAUUCCUAUAACAUGCUAUCAGGUGCAAGGCACUGAAGAUUUCACAAAGGUAAUGAUUGUUCAAACUUUGGUUGAUGUGAAAAAAUUCAGAUGGAACACUAGAAAGUAUGUACCUUCACGUAAAGCAUCUCUUCCAACAACACCAACAUCUACAAGCAGACUAUAUAAAGAUAUUCAGUGUGAAACAAAGACUGAGAUUCAAGAAUCUACAGGGCUAUUGGAUAGUAUCAAGGAGGAAAUGGACGUCUAUGAGAUCAUCUAGAAUAAAACUAAAUGAAAAUCUGGAAUGGUUGACAAUACUAUUUUGAAAACUGACGCAUGUAACGGCGCUGUUGUCACAAGAUGCCUCCUGUUUUGAAUGUGUUUUGAAACACAUUUCCCUGCAUCAGAAGGGAGUAAGUUCAAGCUGGAUCCUGUGUGGAUGAUCCUGGUGCCACAUGGAAAGAUGUAUGCACUUUGCAACUGUUCCAUCUAAAACAUAUUUCUUGGAAAAUGUUCUUCAUUUAAAAUAUCUAUUAAUUUAAGUGUCUAGAACAUCUCAGAAAAUCAUAGAACAAGUUUUAGUUUUAGAGCCAGAAAAUAAGCUUAGGCCACCUAGAUAGUUUGCAUAAUGCUCUGAGAGUAAAAAUGGUUUGACUCACUUUGCGAAAAACAGAACACUAUUAAAAUGCAGUUUAAAUGUUGAUCUUAAA